CAGCUCUCUUCAUCACUCAUCAUUCCACACACAUCUCAUUUUGCAAACAAAAAAAAUCUAAGAGAGAAAUAUGGCUGGUCUAAUGAAGUUGGCAUGCUUGGUCUUGGCCUGCAUGAUCGUGGCCGGUCCAAUCACAUCGAACGCGGCUCUGAGCUGUGGCACCGUUAGCGGCUACGUGGCACCGUGCAUUGGCUACCUGGCCCAGGGUGCGCCGGCCCUUCCCAGAGCGUGCUGCAGCGGCGUUACUAGUCUAAACAACCUGGCCCGUACAACCCCAGACCGUCAGCAAGCUUGCCGUUGCCUUGUAGGAGCCGCUAACGCCUUCCCUACUCUCAACGCUGCCCGUGCAGCUGGACUUCCUAAGGCAUGUGGAGUCAACAUUCCUUACAAGAUCAGCAAAACCACCAACUGCAACAGUGUGAAAUGAGCGGCGGUCGGAUGAAGCUAAUGCAGACGUUCAAGUAUUAUGUAUUGGAUGAGCGAAUACUAAAAUAAGAUGUUCCAUGGUUGUUGUUUUUAGAGUUUUUCAGUUUCCUGUCUUUUAUGUUGUGACGUUCCUAUUACUUUGGUCGUCUGUACUAUGUUCACAAUCAACGUUAUAUGAAUUUCAGAUCUAAGAUUUACGUUUUAUUC